AUGGCCGAUGCCCCCUUGUUCUUCCUGGAGGGCGAGGAGGAGGCGCAUGCGCCCCAGGCCGCGGCGGCAGGCGCGCCUGGGCCGCUGGAGGCAUGGCGGCGGCGGUACCUCGGCACGUUUGUGCUCUCUGCCUACUCCAUGACCAAAGGCAGCGACUACAUCGCGCCGGGCGACCGCGUCUUGAUCCUGCGCAAGAAAAAGGCCGAGAAGGCGGCGCCGAAGGGAAAGGGGCCACGCACGCGUGAGCGGCCGGACUAUGUCGUGCGCUUCAGCAACAUGCGAGGAUUCGAGGUCGGGCGCAUCCCGGUCGACGUCGCGGGCUGGAUGGCGCGCCUGCUCGACGACGGGCUCGUCGAGUUCGACGGGCAGGUCGUCGACUGUCCAGUUCCACUCGCAGUCGGCAGCGAUAUCCUCUUGGAAAUCAAGGCGUAUAUCGUGCGCGACGCGUUUCGGGAAAGCAUAACGCGCCUCGCGAACCUCCAGGCAGAGGACGCGCCACCGAUGGCCGAGGAAAGCGCGCAGGAGCGCCACCUGCGCCAGCGCAAGGUCUCGCUGCACCGCCUCUUUCGCGCAUGCGACCUCGCGCCCAAGAAAGCUGCGCAGGCUUCGCAUGACGACGAGGAGCGUGCCAAGCCGGCCGAGCGGCAGGAGGGCGACGACGGGACAGAAGUGUCGGAAGGGCGCCUAAACGAUAUCUAUGCGCGCGCACAGCAGCACGACGCAACGCUCCCAGAGGCCGAGCCGCCCGGCACAUUCGCACUCGAACUGCGGCCCUACCAAAAGCAAGCGCUCGGCUGGAUGCAAGAGAUGGAGUCGACAAACAGCUCGUCGUCGCGCGAGGCGGAUCUGCAUCCGCUCUGGGAAGAGUACCGCUUUCCGCUUGCCGACGACGCGGACGCCGGCUUUGAGCCAUUUUUCUACAACCCAUAUAUUGGCGACCUGAGCCUCACGUUCCAGCCAGCGAGCCGCGGCGCGCGGGGUGGAAUCCUCGCGGACGAGAUGGGCCUCGGAAAGACCAUCAUGCUCGCGAGUCUCAUCCACACGAACCGCACCAUGGACGAAGCCUCGAGCGCGCCGCCCCCCAAAAAGGCACGCACGCUCAAGCAGGCGUCGCUUGCGUCUGCUUUUGGCGCGACGCGCACCCAAAAAUCGAACGCGACGCUGGUCAUUGCGCCGAUGAGUCUCUUGAGCCAGUGGCACAGCGAGCUGGAGCGUGCGUCGGUGCCAGGCACACUGUCUGUCCACCUAUACUAUGGCGAGAACCGCGACCAGCUCGCUGCGGCACUCGACCAAGGGCGUGCGGACGUCGUCGUGACGUCCUACGGCACGCUCACCAGCGAGUACCGCCGCGAGAUGGAGCGGCGCGGCUCGGCGCUCCUUUUCCGGCAGGUCUGGCACCGCCUGAUCCUCGACGAGGCACAUACCAUCAAGAACCGCAGCACGGUUGCGGCGCGUGCCGCAUGUCUUUUGCACGCCGACCGGCGGUGGGCGCUGACGGGCACGCCGAUCCAGAACCGCCUCACGGAUCUGUACAGCCUGCUGCGCUUUUUGCACGUCGAGCCGUGGGGCGACGUGAGCUUCUUCAACAGCUUCCUGGCGAAGCCGUUUGCGAGCCAGAGCGCCAAGGCACUCGACAUUGUGCAGGCGAUCCUCUCGUCCAUCUUGCUGCGCCGUGAAAAGAGCACCAAGGACCGCAAUGGGCGCCCGAUUGUCGACCUGCCCGAAAAGACGCUCGACACGCAGUACCUCGCCUUUUCCGAGACAGAGCGCGAGAUUUACAAUAGCGUGUACGACCGCGCGCGGGCGCGGUACAAGCGCCUAGCGUCCCACGGGCUCGUCGGGCGCAACUUUAGCCUGAUCUUUUCGGUGCUGAUGCGCCUGCGCCAGGCCGUGUGCCAUCCGCUGCUUGUGCUGCACGCUGACCGCAGCAGCGCGACGCUGCCCGAGCCGCUGAAAGACGAGGCCUUGGACGAGGAGCAGUACCAGGCGCAUAUCCAGAAGCUUAUUACGCAGUUCCAGGCGGGCGAGUCGGACGGCAACGCACAGUACGCACUGCAAGUUCUCGACGAGCUCGUGCAGUCCGAGCCGGGCGUCGAGGGCGAAGAGUGUCCGUUUUGCAUGGAAAACAAGCUGUCAAAGUGCUUCCUGCCGCUGUGCAUGCACCACGGCUGCCGCGACUGCCUCGUGCAGUUCCUGCAAGCAUGCGAGGACCGCGGCGAGGAGCCACAGUGCCCAGUGUGCCGCCGGGGGCCGGUGCAGGUCGAAGACCUGGUCGAGUCGGUGCGCCCACCGCCCUCUGCGCCGAAGCCGAAGCGCGAGGCGCCGCCGCCCCGCAGCAGCACCAAGCUCGAUGCGCUCAUGGCGCAGCUCGGCACACUCACCAAGGAGGAUACAGCGCUAAAAGGCGUCGUCUUUUCGCAAUUCACCGGAUUCCUUGACCUGAUCCAGGCGACGCUCAAGCACUAUGGCUACAAGUACGUGCGCCUGGACGGCAGCACGCCACAGGCGGAGCGUGCGGCCGUGCUCAAGACGUUUGCGGAAAGCACCGAGCCGCUUCUGAUGCUCGUUUCGCUGCGCGCCGGCGGCGUCGGACUCAACUUGACCGCCGCGAACCACGUGUGGCUCAUGGACUGCUGGUGGAACAGCAGCAUCGAGGACCAGGCCGUGGACCGCAUCCAUCGCGUCGGCCAGACGCGCCCAGUGACUGUCGCCGCAAAAAGGCGCUGGUGA